AUGGAACCUCGAAUCAUCCCCAGCCAGUUGCCGCCUGGCUUAGAGAUUGCAAUUCCGCCUGGACACGAUCUGCCUCCUCAACAACCGUCGAGCACAUACCAAAGAAAGCCCCUGCCACCACUUCCUCCUUUGAGACCCGGUCUUUCACGUCAGGUCUCGGCUUUCUCUGUUGCAUCGAGGACGACAAUCAAUAGUACGAGAUCGCGAAGCAGACGGAGGAAUACGCCGUCACCGGCACCAUCAGGGCGGGGGGCGAUCGAGAGACUCGAAAACGAGAUCAGUACAAUUCUGAUCCAGCACAGCCCGACACCCGUAUCCAGGAGAUCAUCAGAACACCGAAGCUGCUCGCCAACGCCUCGGCGACUUCCACGCGAUGAAGAGGUGACGAGAGCUUUGGCUCCACGGCGCCUUUCAACACCGAAUCUACCGUCGUCGCCGUUACUUUUGAACCCGAUAACUACACCUUGCACACUACAUCGUUCUUCCGCCAAGAUCAAGCAGAUCACAGGCCUCGAUGUCGCGUAUAAAGCUAUCCCGCCACCGCGUCCACCCCGCUCUCCCCUGCCACCAGGCAAGCUCGCAUUCCCACCGUCAACACCGGACAACCCGAGCAAACCCCCGCCGCCAUCAUCAUCAGAACCGACGCGGACACUAGGCCUUAUUACUGAUGAUUAUGACGACGAAUCAGAUUUUGACAGUGAUUGGGACUUCAGUCCCAGUUCGAAGCGAAACUACGCAUCUUGGAUUCCUGCAUCGCCGGUCCCGCCCCGUGUUGAGAUUCUCGACUUUGACGAGGCGAGCCCACGCCGUCGCGACUCGGAGAUUGGACCGCUCAGGUCGCCCGGCAUGCAUCACUUUGAGACGUUGCCGGCACGGCGAAACAAUCAUAUGGAGGUUAGCUACGUAGGAGCCAAGGACCUUUACCACGCGACAGCUACGUCGAUUGCGAACUCCGAGCGCAAGAAGGCUGCGGCAUCGUCCAGGGCCAGCACCGAGUCGGGUCGCGACUCCAUUGUGCCUCCCAAGAACCGACUGAGCUUCGCGACCAAGGUGCUUCAGUCGGGUAGGAAGCGCCCCCCGACGGGCAUCAACACCACGACGCAAUCGCAGUCCCCAUCCCCACCGGGUCCCAUGACGGGCUCGGGAAGACUGACGGCGGGCUCGCGUCCAGACAUGCACGCGCACUCGCUGGACGAUGACCGUCUCCGGGUGAAGUACUCGGACGCCAUUUCCCGUGUCUUCAGGUGGAGCGGCGAGCACCGGAGGGCGGUCUCAGAGGGCACAUCACCGGUCGAUGGGCCGGGCGCGGAACCCCGAACCGUGGCGACGCCCACCACCGCAAAGACGGUGUCAUCUAUGUCGUCCUCCGGUACCGGGUCGCCCGUGACGGCGGCCAACUCACCGAACAGGAUGGCCAGGCGUUCGGUGCAGAACCUCGCGGCCCACGUCAGGAGGACGGCAAGCGUGAUGGUGCAGUCCAAGGAUGAGCGACGGAGGGAGAAUCUUAGGCAGAGCAUCCGGGUGAUUCCGGAGGGCAGCGCAACAUAA